AUGCCUUUCCGCAUGACGAAAGAGAGAGGAGAGGACUCUGAAGAGGAGGCAGCAGGUAGCCUUUCUGUCUCUCGCGAGGUGUCGCAGGGCAGCCAGUCGCCGGAGCCGAAGCCGGCGGAGAGUGCCGAGGCAGAGAAGCCGCGCGUGAAACGCAUGCCAGCCAAGGACAGGAUAGCAAACACACGCGGCUCCGCAUCCCGCUCGCUAUCGCGUCGCGACCGCGGGUCCGACGAGGAAGCAACCCUGGAUGCCAACAUGGAGGACGCGCUGUCGUCGCCCUCUCAGAGCUUCCCAGCAGCGCUCCGGCAUCCCUCGAAACUGCAAAAACCAGCCCCGCCAUCUUCGACGCGGCGGGAACUGGCGAGCCGAGUUGGCAGGGCAGCUUCGCCGUCUCUGGGGAGCUCGGGCAGCUCUGCAGGGACGCGCAAAGGAGAUUCGCAGGAACGCGCAGGGCCUAGCGGUCUUCGAGCAAAGUCGGGAAGGCCCCUAGGUCUGCAGCUGGGCGGGCGGAACGCAGGAGCUUUGCGGUAUCUCACCCAUGAAGAGUUGCAGCCGUUCGAUGAGGCGCCGUCCGUUAAAACCAUCGAGGAAACGAUCUUGCCCCGUCUCGGAGAGGAAGUCACGAAGGGCGACUGGACUGAACAGAUCGAGACUCUCGAUACGUUGAGACGUCUCGCCAAAUACCACUUCUGUCUCCUUACCCCAGAUAUCCUGCGGCAGGCCGUUUCCGGCGUGCUGGCGUGGCUCGCCAGCCCGCGGUCGACGGUGGCGAAGAAUGCGUGCCUGGCUCUGAGCGAUCUUUUCUUUUUUGGAAAGAAAAAAAUGGAUCCGUGGAUCGUGGAAGUCGUUGAACUCGCGAUGAAAAAGUGCUGCCAGUCGAACGAGUUCCUCAACGAAGCCGUGAGAAGCGUCCUGUUCACCGCGUGUCAAUCCACCUCCGAGGCGCGCGUUUUACACGCGUUCUUGCACUGCAUUCCGCCUUGCAAGCAGCACGGCGCACGCUCGAUGGCUGCGUGCUGCCUCGCGGUUCUCUUCCAGAAGUCAGGCGAGCAAGUGGGGCGGCAUGGAGAGCUUCCACAAGUCGUCAAGCUGCUGUUGAAUAUGGCCACAGAAGCCUCCGCAGACGUCCGCGUCACGGCGCGCGUCGCGCUGACCAUCCUGCACAACCAACUCGACGGAGCGACGCUGCGGCGCGUGUGCGGGUCUCUCGACGCGCGAAACAAGAUGGAUAGCCUCGUUUCACGGACGACGGCCAAGGAAAUUGAGGACACCUUGCGGACUGCGGAAACGUCGACUGCGCCAGGCGGCGGGCGCGCCUCUCUGUCGUCGUCUCUUUCCUCACUGCCUGACGAGGCGCGAUCUGGCGCCCGCGGGCGAACUGGCAACACCGGAGGAUCUCGGUUGCUGUUUUCGGGCCAAACGCGCCUGUAA